CACGUAGGUUUUCUCCAGCUGGGUGAGACGCUCGGGGGUAAUGUUUGCAAGGGGGAAACAGGGAGGACGAGCCGAGGAAUACGAGAAAGGACAGACGGUUUUCAUCUUGAUCCUUUUCUGGACUGAAAAAAGAAUGUUCCUAGAACAAACUGACCGAGCCAGGUGAGGGAACCUGAACCACAGCACGGUCAUGACUGCUACAGAGAACCAGGCCCUGAUGGUGCUUCACGAAGAGGGGGCUGCUGCUCCUGCAGCAGCCCCUACCAGUGCUGCUGCACCUGCCUUCUUUGUUAUCCUGAAGCCGGGCCAAGCUAGUGAGGGAGGGCGUGACCAAGGUAUCCUGGUGGCCAAUCAAGAAGCAAACCUUGCCACGACCUCCUCUCCUACCCUGCCAGGGCAACCUCCGCCCACUCCCUACGUCCCAUCCGUUUCUGGUGCUGCUAAGUCCAAUACCCAGCUAGGCAAUCUGCCCUCUAAGUGCACCUGCAAGGGCAUAAAGGUCACCCUAGAUAACAACAAUAUGUGGAAUGAGUUCUACCGCUGCAGGACAGAGAUGAUCCUCACCAAGCAGGGCCGCAGGAUGUUCCCCUACUGCCGAUUCCGCAUCUCUGGCAUGGAGCCCUUCCAGCGUUAUAUCCUGGUCAUGGAUAUCACUCCUGUGGACAACCUGCGCUACAGGUGGUCUGGCCAACAGUGGGAGGCGACCGGGAAGGCAGAACCCCACGUGCUGGGCCGGGUCUUCAUCCACCCGGACUCCCCGUCCUCGGGCCACUUCUGGAUGCAGAGCCCGAUAUCCUUCUACAAAUUGAAGCUGACAAACAAUACCCUGGACCAGGAGGGGCAUGUCAUCCUGCACUCUAAGCACCGCUACUUGCCACGGCUGCACGUGGUGCCAGCUGACAAGGCCCCCGAGGUCAUUCAGCUCAACGGGCCAGAUGUCAUGACCUUCACCUUCCCCCAGACAGAGUUCAUGGCUGUCACAGCCUACCAGAACCUGCGCAUUACCCAACUGAAAAUAGAUUACAAUCCCUUUGCGAGAGGUUUUCGGGAGGAUAACUCAGGCCACCAACCCCUUAGGCCUCGACCAGAGCCACCUAACGCAAGUGUGGAUCUCCCCAAGUUUGUGGGAGACAAGGAAGAUGUAAGUCCCCUAAAGAAAAGUUUGAAGUCUCUGCUACUGAACAGCACCUUUGAUAACUUUGUAAUGGAUCAGGAGCUCUUCAGCUCCACAGACUACAACAUUGGAGUCUUGGAUCGUAGCAUAUCUACUGCAAAAUCACCAGAAAAGGAUAUCACCAUUAAAAAGCGGCCGCGACCUGGACCCCCCUCGGAGUCAGUGCCAGAGGCCAAGCUGAGAACACGAAGAGGUCUUUCUGAGAGAACUCAAUCCACUGCCAGCUCUGACAAAAUCAAUACUGAUGGUGUCACCCUCAAAGAGGAGGAAGUGGAGUUGCGCGUGGACAAAGUCAUCUCCAAGGCAUCUCAGCUGGAUGGCCAGGAAAGUGUGGACAAGGACCAGGCGAAAACUCCAGCAGGUGGAAAGCCAGAGGUGGCUGACAAGCUUCCCUCUAACCUCACCACUGUAGCUUCCUCCCCACGGCCGUCUGGGCCUGCUAUGUCUGCAGGGGCCAUGGGAAGUUGUCUGGACUCUCCCAAUCCUACAGUUCCUCCCCUGGACCCGAGUGACCCUGAGCUGCUUCCUGAGCAGGGUGCUCGGCCCACCAAGCGAGCGGAGCGCGUGCCCCUGCCGCUGCUCGCUCUGUUCCUCAAACAGCAGCGGCUGAAACCCAGGGCCAUCAUGCCCAAACCAACACCUGUUGCAUCAGAGACCCCUUCUGAACCUGUACCACCAUCACCUGAGCCCGAAUCACCGUCACCUUCCUCAAUGUUGCUGCCACCUGCCAGUGAGCGCUCAUCCCGUUCCCCUGAGCUAUCUUCACCUGGCCCUACCCUACCUUCAUCUGCCCAGGCACAGUCUGCCCCCAAGCUGCCAUCUCCUGCUCCCACGCCAUCAUCUCCUACCCCCGUGGAAGCUUCUCCUACCCCAGCACGUCUGUCGCCAGCCCCUGCUCUAUGCUCACCUCUGCCUGAUGGACCGGAGGUGUCUGGGAGUGCGGAGGGGUCACACGGUCCUGACAGCGCAGUGACCUCUGUUCCCCCCGCUCCCCUGGACGCCCCGUGGGCGGCGGCUCCACUCUCCUCUGAGAGGAAGAAGCGGAAGCCCAAGCCUCGGAGGUGGAAACACGGGAAACACGGAAAACACGGCAAGGAAGCGGAGACGGAGCCGGAGCUGCUCAUCGGAGGCCCCACCGAUGUUAGUAUGCAGCCCAACCUGGAAGACGUGGAGGGCUUGCUCUUUGUGUCCUUCACCUCCAAGAACGCACUGGAGUUUCACCUUGGGGACCAGCCACUUAACAGGGAACCGCCACCACAACCUCAGAAAGCUCCAGAGCCCCCAGUGGAGAGAGUUGCAGAAACGGAGGAAGAGAAGAUUGCUCGACUGGAGAUUUCCCUCCUGCUGGAUCUGAGACGUUUGAAACACAGACAAGCCAUCCAUCCUGUCCUGCAGGAAGUUGGGCUGAAGCUGAAUUUGCUGGAUCACACCUUACCGAUUGACUUGAGGUAUUUGGGGGUAUGCUUGCCUCUGCCUCCACCCGUCCUGUGUCCUGGCAGUUCAGGCUCCUCUGCUGUCCAGAUAUCAGCUCUAGAUGGAGUGGUCCCCUUCGUCUCCAGGACGGGGAAAACGACUGACUUGACCAAAAUCAAAGGGUGGAGGGAGAAGUUUAACCUCGCCUCGGACGUCUCGCCCACCAAACCUGACGUUGCAGGCGUCGCAGGGUUGGACGGGGCCCUGAAGCACCGCUCGGCGUUCUGCAGCGACAUGCUGGACGAGUACCUGGCCAACGAGGGCAAGCUGAUCGACGAACGGGCCGCCACCUUCGCCCAGAGCGCCGUCUCCCCCGUGGUCUACCAGCUGCCCACCAAGAGCACCAGCUACGUGCGCACCCUGGACAGCGUGCUGAAGAAGCAGACCCCCACGCCCGCCUCUCCCGGCGCCCCCUCCAAGCUCCUCUCCCCUCCCAAAAAACCCAAAACGCCGGCCCGACCCAAAGCGCCCGCCCGACCCAAGCCGGCAAAACCCAAACCGGCGGCAGAGCCCAUGCAAGCGCCUGCCACGCUAGAGCCCCACGCCCUGGCAAAUGGCUCCAAGCCGCACACUAAGCCUAAGAGCUCGCCCAAGGCCUCACGGGGAGAGUCCACGGGGCCUAAGGAUCUGACCAGCAGGGAUGCCAACUACUCAAGUCCAGGGCACAGCAGCGGACGCAACGCAGGGCUCCCCAAAAUGCUGGUGAAGCUGAUGGACCUGGAGGAUGGAGCAGUGUGGGAGGGCAAAGCGCGUACCUGCAUCACCCAAGAGAGGGCAGAGAUCGCCCUGGCCUCACUCCUCACUGGUCAGAGUGCAUCGAAGCCUGGCCCCGUGGCUCCCCGGAUCAUCAAGCGGCGGGCCCCGCCCUGCCUGAACGCCCCCUGCCGCCUGGGCUGCGUCUGCGGCAGCCUGGUUCUGGAGCGCCGGCCGCCCACGCACUGCGGCAAGACCGAGUGCAUGUUCGGCUGCACCUGCCUGAAGCGCAAGGUGGUCCUGGUCCGGGACCCCUCACCCAAGAAGAAGAAAGAUGAGGGCCUCAUCUUCUACGGAGCCCUGGGGGAGGAGCCCCCGCCCAAGAAGAAGAAGAAGAAGAAGAAGAUGAUGGCUUACACCGUAUCUGAGAGCGAGCCACCAUCAGAACCGGCUGCCCGCAUCCGGACUCUGUGGAACCAGGGUGAGGAUGACCCGGAGCCCCUGCACAUCCCAGAACCUAUCUACUUCCCUUCCUCGGCUGCUCUCGCGACCUGCCAUGACCUCGCUGCUUUCGCCCACCGUGUCCUUAAACCUAAAGCGGAGCAGGAAGACGACAAGAAGGACCCAGUGUACCUGUACUUCGAGAGCAAGAUGACCUGCGCACGCGUGCGACCGUACGUGAGCAAAACCUCGCCCCACCAGGCAGUCUGUCCCUGUGGGUCCCUCCUCUGCAGCGGCAAGGAAGAUGACCCUUACCACAACUUCCCAGAUUCAACACCGGGGAAAGCUGGUGUGCUUCACACUGAAGGAGGGAAGGCUCCUAAAGGUUCCACACUGAGCUCGGCCACUGGGAAGUCGGUGCCUUCCAAGGUGCUGGAAAUCGUAUCCGAGUGCAAGUGGACCAAGAAGACGGACCGGAACCACGUGCUUCGGGUGGUGUGCGAGCACAUGGCCCAGAACCGGCUGAGCCACCCCUUCCGGAUCGGGCCGUACCACAUCCGGCCCCUUUCCCAAACCCGCAAGAAGGAGGGCCAGGGGCACACGGUCACCUACAAGGUGUGCAUCUCCCAGCCUGCCAGUGCGUCCGCCGAGGAGGGGGAGGGGGAGGGGGAGGAGGAGGAUGAGGAUGAGGAGAACGUGGACGCCGAUGAAGGCCCAAGCGAAGGCAGCUCACGGAGCACGCCCGUGCCCAGGAGGUCGGCCCUACCCUUCCUCACGGGCGUGUCUGCCGCUGGCAUCCUCACUGCCAGCAGGAAGCAGCCGGGCGUCCCGGCCCAGGGGCUGAUAAAGGUUAACGGCAAGUCUUACCCACAGGCCAAAUUACAGCUGGGCCAGAUGGGGGCGCUGCACCCUGCCAACAGGCUCGCUGCUUACAUCACUGGCCGACUGCGGCCCCAGGGCCAGGCGGCCUCGUCUGCUGCGGUGACUGGGUCCACACGCCCCUCCCCCGCCACCCCUGCACCCACGCCACAGCCGUCUCACCUGCCCAAGGUUGCCAUGACCACCAGCGUCGCCACACCAACCACGGUCUGCAGUUUGUCCGUCCCUCCUGCCGGCACAGUCCUGAACUCGCUGGUGACCAAGCCCACAGUGGGGAAGGUCUUCACCCAGUUUGUGGUCAACAAGAUCAGCUCUCUUCCUCAAGGGCUACCCAGCGUUAGUGGGCCUCAGUUGGCGAGCAGUGCUCCGAAACUCACCUUAUCGCCGACUCAGCUGAUGGUGAUUGGCUGCACCCCUCCUCCUCCUCCUCCUCCUCCUCCUCCUCAAAGCUCUGGGGCGGAGCAGGCGGCAGCGGCGGGGGCUUCCAUCACCAUGACGAUGCCCCCAGGCGAUCCUCCGCGGCCGAGCGGUCAUGUCCCCGCCUACUCCAGUAGCUCUAAGCCCCUCCCCUCCGGCUGCACAGACGGAAAUGCAGCACCCAAAGUGACGGCUUCCCCCGGGGGCGCUACGCUUGGGCCCCGCAUGCUCCUGAUCCCCGUCUCGCCCCCCGCCUCAGGGCCCCGGGGUCCUGCUCCAGGGCCCCGGCCCGCCGCGCCCGUCUUCACGCCCCUCACUCCGGGCCAGAAGAUGGUGCUGCAGCCGGUGCGCAGCUCCUCCGGUACCACACUGUACCGCCACCCGAACGGACACCUGAUCCAGCUCGUCCCCCUCAGCCAGCUGCGCUCCGUCCAGCCCAACCUGCUCGUCCGCAAUCCUGGUUCUGUGGUGCGCUUGCCUACGCCUGUAACCUCCGAUUCCUCCAGCUCCACACCUGCAGCGCCAAACACCGCCCCCGCUGCGAGCACCACCCCAGCGCCGGGCCAACCCCCUGGGGACAGCGCCCCCACCUCCACGCCCAAACAGAGCCUGCUCCCGGGCGCCACGCCCAUCGCCCUCAGCGCCCCCCUCCCCUCCGUCAAAGCCCUGCCGGGGUUCCUGGGCCAGACGGGAACGUACACUGUCAGAAUCUCGCCCUCCGCUGGCUCCAAGGAGCCCAAAGUGACUGUGAAUCCCGCCGGAUCGCCCCUGGUCUCUCCCAAGGUCCUGCCUGUGCCUGGGGGCUUCACCCUGCUCCAGCUUCCAAAAUCCCUCGUCGGGGCCAAGCCUGCUGCUCCGGGCGCUUCGGUUCCGGUUCUGAGCCUCGGCCCCCAUGUCCCACUGAAGAGGGACCCCGCGAUGGAGCAGUCUUCCCGUGGGGGUGACACUGACAGGGGCGACCCUAAAGAGCCUCCGCAGGCGACCCCCGCCCGGGUAGUCUGCGCUGACCACUCCUAUACUAGCGGCCCGGGCCGUCUGGAGGAGUCCCAGGACACGGAGAAGGACCACUCCUACACGGCUGGCUCCGGAGGCCAGGCUGAGUUCUGUGAGACAAACCUGGCCCCCUCCCCCACUCAACCAGAAGCCCUGGGCAACACCGGACCCCUCACCAGCUGCUCCAAUCCCCUACCACAACCACCUGCCACUGCUGCAGGGGUGGAUCCCCUGGGGACUGUGGACGCUCACAGGGUGGAGCUGAACUCCGGGCCGGCGUGCGAGGCCGAGGCUUCCAGGCCACCACUGAGAGGCCCCACAGACACAGUACAAACCAGCGCCCCCAGCAGGGCGGCCAAGGAGAGGCAGCCCCUGGAAGAGGGGGAGGUGGAGGCGGAGAUGGAGGUGGACAUUGGUGGGCACUUGCCUUCGGAAGAAAUGACGGAUGACUCCGAGGAGGAUUCCGAGGACAACAGUGACGAUGAUGUCAAUGUCAAUGUCACCAGCGAGUCUGAAGAGAGUGAGGAGGGCGCAGCGGUGGAUAUCGAGACGGUGGAGGAGCUGUCGGAGAAGAUCAACAUCGCUCGCAUGAAGGCUGUCGCCAUGCAGAAGAAGCUGGACAGAGAAUGGAGCACGCAAGAGGCAAAACGAACAGCAGAGCAGAAGGCCAGACGGAAAGAGGGGCAGCAGGAGGAGGAAGAGGAGGAGGAUGAGGAUGAGGAGGAUGUCGAAGUGGACCUGGGGAAUGAGGAAGAGCCCAGCGCAGUGGGGCGCAUGCAGCACAACGUGAUGGAGAGACGGCGUCGCGGCGAGCUCCGGGAGCUCUUCGCCAAACUCCAGAAGGUCCUGGACCUGCAAGACACCCCCAAAAUCUCCAAAGUGUCCAUCCUCAAAAAGGCCGCCGGUGAGAUCCAGGACUUGGUGGAUCAGUUCGACCAUCUGGAGGCAAGAAAGAACAUUCUGUGCCGCCAGCGUGCUGCUUUCAUCAAGAAGAUCUCCCAGACUUCAGGGAAGAGCGAGAACAUGAUCAUCGAUAAGCUGCAGGACAUCUGCAGCAGACAGAAGACCCUGGAGGAACAGAGGAAGCGAAAGGUCCCCAAACGCCCUGCCCCCAAACGCUCUUCCCCUAAACAGCCUGCACCUCAGACCCCACAGGUGUCCACAGCGAGCGAGGGCCACCUGCCCAUGCCCCGGUCCCCAGGACGCAGGCCCAACAUCCUGAGCCGGAGGAAGCCCCCCACUCUCAAGACAACGGCCUUGCCUGGCACAGUGCUGUCUCUGGUGGGUGGCGGGACUCUGGUGACUGGAUUUGGCGCCACUGUGCCAAACCACCAGGUUUUAACCAUCAAGGGUCCUCUGCAGCCGCCUCCCACCAUCUUGCGACCCGUCAGCAGCCACAACCUCCCGGCCAUCCCUGGUGUGGCUUCAGUGACCAUAAAUAUGGCAGGAAUAUCACUUCCAAUGCCCAACAAGAGCCCUGUUCCUGAAGCUUCUCCUGCAGGACCCAGCCAGCCAAUCUCUUCUCCACUUACCAGCCCAACAGGCUGCACUUUGCCGAAGAUCGUCAGCGUGGAGUCGCUUGUGGGGUCGGAGGGGUCAGCUGCUCUGCCCCCAGCUCCUCAGCCCAUGGGGAGUGACAGCGGGCCCUCCCUGGAGGACGGGGAGGUGCUGGGAGACCGGCCCACCCACGACAGACAGGAAGACCUGGACCCGGAGAACGAGAAGCUGAUGUCUCUGCUCAGUGAGAUCGCCUUCCUCAACCAGCAGGCCCAGGGCGAGGACACCCCUCCGGCCAGACGGCGAGAGGCAGGGCCGCCGGGAGGGGACGACGAGCGCUCCCUCAGCCCCCUGUUCCUGCAGCUGAGCGACGACGCGGCCCGGCCUGACCAGCCCGAGGACGAGGAGUCCGGCCCCCCACAGCCGGAAGAGCCACAGCCCAAACCAGCCCCCCCCAGCCCGGCACCCCCUGCCGCUGCGGCCAGCGAAGUCCGGCAACAGAGCCCGCCCGUCUGCGUCAAAGGCGGCACCCUGACUCCUCCCCCACUGCUGCAGAUGAAAGCUGGAAGCGUCGCCGCGGCGACUGAAACUAAGAAGGGCGGUGUCCCGGUCCCCUGGAGGCCCAUGCCCCGGCUCACUCCACUGGGGCUCAAGGCCGGCAGCGUGAAUCAGGACGGCAGCGUCCGGUAGUGUCCGCUAAAGCCUCUUCAGCGCAACACAACCGCUUUGUUGGCCUCUCCCCUCCUUCCAGGGACUGCUCCCUGCCUGACACUUGUACACAACUCUGUUUCUGUAAGGACUUGUACAUAUGUAUUUAUUUAUGCACCUGGUGUGCCUAUCGGAAAUCCAAAGUAGAGAUUCAUUGUCUGGCUUUCAACGGUGUAAAAGAAGAAAGAUGUCUAUCACUGGUUUCUUCACAGUUCUUCCAGUGCGCAUAUACAUAUACCUUUGUUUCAAGGGGAAUGUUUAAUUCAUAGAAUGUACCCUACCUAAAACGCAAGAUGUAUAACAAUGUCAAGUUUGUCGUUUUUAGAGGGCAUAUGAAUACUAGAAUGUGUGACCACAUAAAAACACUGUUCUGUAUUGUAACUAGAUAUUACUGUACUCUUGAGGGUAUUUUCAGUUCUAGAGACUUGGUCCCCAUAUUGGGGUGGGGUAUCUCUUGGUCAUUGCAUGCUUAUAUGUUCAAGCUAAUUGGGAGAAUGAGACUAGUUGGGCUGAGCUUUCACAUGCUUUUAGUGUCAUUUGAACAAAUCAGCACGUUGCUCUAGAGGGCGCUGUUUUGAUUGGUUCCAGGUCAUGUGUGAUUGACAGCAUGUAGCAGCUCAGCCUGUUUCUGUCCCCGCCUCCGAUCAUUACAUAUUUAUGCAAGCCAUGUUGUCAGAGUGGAGGCAGUGGUGCUGCUGAAAGGUCCUGCCUGAUUUCCUCUAGGGCAGGCUGCUGUGAUCACCCAGAGAGAAGCUCUUCUUGCCAGUCAAAUUGGUGAUACCUCAAGCACUGCACUGUCCCAUGGGGCAUCCCUUCCCUGAAGUCGGUAAGGCUGUUUGUUGCCUUUGCGUCAGCCGUUCUUUAAAUGUUCCCUACCAGUGAACCACAGUGAAACACACAUAUAAACCGAAAACACUUUUCAAUUUAAAAUGUUAUACAUCGGGAAAAGCAAGUUCACGUUUAUACACUACAGUAGCCUUGAUAGCCAAAAGGUUCAUUCUCUCAAGUCCCCUAUUGGUGACCUAUUUAUUUUUUUCUUAUUUACGUGAAGAAUAUUUGUCUUGAAAUCAAGGUGUGGAUAGGUGGCUCUGUAAACCCUGUGCUUUUCAUACCUGAUCCCCGACUCAUCCCCAAACCAAAGACAAUGUCUGCACGUUCUCAAGUGGCUGUCCUGGGUUCACAAACAGCUGUUGAUGGGUUUGUAUUCGGCAGCUGCAAGUCGAGGCCGCUUUACCUGGGUAGUGUCGAAGGAAGGCUGAGCUCAUAAAGGGAGCCAGAGGUAAAACACACAGCCAGGAAGGUUGUUUCAGUGCUUUGUCUUAUCAAGCUGCAGCCUGUCCUCUUACAGACACUUGUCUGCACGUUUCACAAAAUCCAGUAGUGACACUCCCAAUAAAUUAAUAUCUAAAAUGAUUCAUUCUGUUAUCACUACGUGUCCGGAAGGGUGUCAACAACAGUAGUGUUUAAAACCGGAUUGUUCUAGCAAAACUUCAAAUGUUAAAAACUCAGGAUCUGAAAGCCGCAGUGUAUCAACUUCACUACUGCUGUACUUCCACUGUAACAGGUCUGUCGAGGCACAGCGUUCUCUUGGUCUCUGAUAGUACUUUGGUGAUCAUACUGUACUGCUGUUUCUUUUACCUGUUUCAAAGAUGUAUCUUUUGUAACGCUACCUAGCCUGAAUGUUGAUUAAAGCAUGAUCCUGUUUUCUGACUAAUAUUAUUUGCUUGCUCCAUGUUGCACACCAUUGCAGUAAACUGUUCAAUUGGCCAUUUUUCUCCAUUCCUCCAUAAAUGUUAGUGGUCCACAGUUCAGUUUUUGAUGCCAGAUGACAUGGCCAUUGCAUUUUUGUUCAUAGGUCUGAUCGUAUUCCAGACAGUUAUGCUUGGUUAGUAAAGGGCGAACAGGAGUUCUGUGGCUUUGUGUGAAUGUAAUCCAUUAUAUUUGUUUUAAGAGGACAUUUACUGUACAUUGUUUAGGAAACUCAUGAAGGUUUAAAUAAUUGAUAGUAUGGCUGCCAUUGUUAGCAUGGCAAUAGGCUUACUGAAACCUUAACCUUUUUAGCAGCUAUUGUAUGUUUUUUUUUUUUUUUUUUUUUUUUUUGGAAAAUCCUGUUUUGUACUGGACUACUUAAAAAAAAAAAAAAAAAAAAAAAAAAAGGUCUCCUCUGUGCCUGAAACAGCAUUCUAGCCAUUCUUCUGCAAAAGAAACUAAUGUAUAGAAUACAUAACUUAAGGUGCACAUUUUGACACCAUUUGUUUUAUUUGUGUUUGUUUUCAUGUUUGGAUGGUCAUUUAAGCUGAUGCGUUUAAGUUUACAUUAUAUGUAAACUGCAUUACAUUAUAUUUUGAGUGUUACGAUGGGGUGGCAGGUCAAUAUGUAGUUAUGUAAAUUAUGAAAGUAAAGCAUAUGCAAUUGAAAAUUGAGUAAUAAGUAGACAUGGUAUGCUCCAAGGACUAGCAUGAUUUAACAGAGCAGAGAGCCAUCUUUUUUGUGCAUUGGAUUCUAUGUAUGUCAUCAUAAUCAAGAAAAUACAUUAUUUGUUGUUAUUGUGUGCAAGUCAUCUUUUCUUGAAGAUCUAUGUAUAUAUGCAGCUUGUUGAAAAUAUCAUUGGUGUCUUGUGGGGGGAAAUGGGCAGUUUGCUUUUGUAAAGAAAUAAUAUUUUUAUAACGUGUCCAUCACUCAAGAUGCCAUGAUUUCCAGACUGUUGGUGAGAAAGUAAUUGUGGCCUUCAAAUAAAACUAUACACAGGUG